AUGGCGCUCAACCUGACGGAGCCGGAGGUUCCUCUGGACACCGACCGAGCCGGGGACCCGGGGGAAUGUGCCCUGCGGCGCUGCAGAGGAAGGCCCCGGCUCACGGACACGGACCGGGCCCAGAGGCGCCUCGAGUCCCGGAAGAAGUACGACGUCCGGAGGGUUUAUCUGGGGGAGUCCCACAAGCUGUGGAGCGAGCUCCGCAGGCGGACCCGACUCAGUGACGCGGGGCUGGCGGAGUAUCUGAUCCUGCUCGACUCCACGUGUGGGGACAAGUACCAGGAGACACACCGCGGGAAGAAGAUUGUUCCAGAAGUCUCAGUGAAACAAAAGAAAGGCAGGAAGCACUGUGUGUCGAGCCUGCAGAGCCUGGUGUGCUGGUACCAGGAGCACUCCCACUCCUGCCCUCACGAGCCACAGCUCAAGACUCUGGAGCUGCAGCCCAACUUCUCCACCGCCGCCGUCUGGCAGUGUGACGCCAACCACUCCUUUGUGCAGUACCUGUUCUCACCACCGAGGGAGGCAAGUGACUCUGAGCACGAGGAGGAGGUGAACGAGGAGGAGGAGGUGAACGAGGAGGAGGAGGAGAACACGACGAGAACAGAGUCGCCCUCGGCUAAAUGCGCAGUGAGCAGGAGGAGAAGAAAAGAGACUCUCAAACUGUUCAAAGAUGUGGGAGAAAACGAGGAUGUUUCUGAGGAACAACAAACAUACAUGUGCCCGACCGAAGAGACUGAUUCUCUGAACCACCAGCCCAGACUCGAGGCGUCUUCCAAGGAUGUCCCACUGAUGGAACAGCCUGUGUGGGAGAUGGAGAUGGAGGAACAGCCGGGGUCCCCCCCUGCAGAGUUUGUCUCGAUCUCCUCAGAAGAGGAGGCCGAGGAUCUGAGGCAAAGCAGAGACGGAGAGGAAGGAGAGAAACUCAUAGAAGAAGAGAUCAGGACUGUACCACAUAAUUAUAAACCGGAGAAGACGGACGAGGACUCUGUGAUGUCUCAGGGCUUGAGCAGCCCUGUGGAGCUGUCCGUCCAAUCAGGUCCUUCCGUGCAGGUCCAGGAGCAGAGUGACCUGUUCCCCCCCCACCCUCUGGUGACCAGCUGUGAGGUCCCCGACCAGAGGACGGCUCUGGACGGCUCCCAGUUAAUUAUAAUCACUGGGCCCAGCUACGAGGCCCUGGCGUCAGAGGGCAUCCAGCUCAGCAUGGGCGGAGGAACCGUGGAGGAGGUCACCUGCACGGUCAUCGGGGGCGUCACUUACAACCAGGUGUGCUCCUGUGACUCAAAACUCACCACAGCAGAGGACGAGGACUCCAUGACAGGUCUGAGUGACAAACAGCUGCUGCAGCCGGCGGACGCUCUGGAACUCAGUGGUGACAGAGAGCGUCAGAGGAAUCUGAGCAGCGUCCGGUCAAAGAGGAACAGACGAGGCCCGGUCAUCGAGGCCGACGGGAUGCUCAAGAUGUUCCACUGCCCGUACGAGGGCUGCAGUCAGGUCUACGUGGCCAUCAGCAGCUUCCAGAAUCACGUGAACCUGGUGCACAGGAAGGGGAGGACCAAGGUUUGCCCUCAUCCAGGCUGUGGGAAGAAGUUCUACCUGUCCAACCACCUGCAUCGCCACAUGAUCAUCCACUCAGGGGUGAGAGACUUUAUCUGUGAGACGUGUGGGAAAUCCUUUAAGAGAAAGAAUCACCUGGAGGUUCACCGGCGCACGCACACGGGAGAAACGCCGCUUCAAUGUGAGAUCUGCGGAUACCAGUGUCGCCAGCGUGCGUCCCUGAACUGGCACAUGAAGAAACACACUCCAGAGGCUCACUACAACUUCACCUGUGAGUUCUGUGACAAGAGGUUCGAGAAGCUGGACAGUGUCAAGUUCCACAAGCUGAAGAGCCACCCUGACAAGCAGGCCACCUGAGGCGCUGGAGCAGGCGCCGCUGACAAGGAGCUGAGCAGGAACAGGUUCUCCCCUCACGAGCUGAAGGACGACUCCCAGUGAGGACAGACGCGUUCCUCAUGGUUGUGUUGUGUCUCUAGUCCAGGACGUCCAGGAAUCGCCCGUGGACACACAAGACAGUGGACGAGCCGCUCGGACUGCUGUGCAGGAAACAGCAAGAGAGAUUAAAAUCUUAAUCCACUGUUGAUAACUGACCAUCUGAAGCUCUUUCCUGAAUAAUGAUCAUCCAAUCUGAGUUACUCAACCGUGACUGGGCUCGGCAGCUCGGUCAAGCGUUGGGUUUCUCUUCAUCCUGACGGGAACGACUGUGUUGAGGCAGAAGCCGCAGAUUUUAAUUUGAAAAGACGUUAACUCUGCUGCAGAUUUUAUUUUGAAAAGGAUUUAACUCUGCUGAGGAUACGCCCGGCGUCCACACUUCUGUGAAGAGGAAACUCUGCUGGUACCGUUUUGAUUUUAAAAGUCUUGACGUCAGAACCAGUUUGGAAACGAUGACGUGGACGCUCACAGCCGGUUGCUGAUUGGAUCUUUACGGUCACAACGUGGCCUUCGCUGAUUCGUCAGGCUCCCGUCACAUGACCCCCUUCUGAAAGAAAGACCACCGGAGACCAGAGGACAACACAACGUGGAGAAUCAAUUACAAGUGUUACUGACCCUGUGGUCUUUAUCUACACUGAUACAGCUGUUCACAUGUAUUGUUUGAGUGAACUGACACUAACAACCGAAUGCUUCUCUGUGCACACGCAUGAUGAUCCAGUUAGAAACAGUUUGGGCUAAUUUUUUUUGCACCUUUUACCGAAACUAAAAAAUCUAAAGAUUUAAGGAAAGAAUUCAAUCGGGUGUUUGUUUGCUACAGACAUUAGCAUGCUACAACGCAAGCUAAAGACGUUAGCAUGGCUGGCUAACCAGUUAAAGGGCAUUGGCAAUUUCUACGUUGUUGUGGGUUUACCGACACAUCCACCGUUUAAAAGUUAGUUACUGUUUUUAUGGAGCUGGUCUGAUAUCAGUUUGGCAGCAUGAGCUACUCUGCCCUGCUCCUUCCUGGACAACAAAGCCUGAUCUUAUCGGAGGUGGCAUUACGUUCUUUAAACACGAUGGUUAACGGUUUAAAUCCUCCUUAUGAAGCCAUUUUCUUUCCAUGACACUAACGUGGAGCGAAGUCACGUUGGAACAAAGCAACAUUCUAAUCUGACAUAUUUCCUUUAUCAGACUUUAAACACUAGAAGCUCUCAGCUGCGAUACAGGAUUAUUUAAACAGUUUAUUUGUUCCCACGUUUACACAUGAGGCUUUUUGCCUGGGACUUGCUGCUUUACCCUUCUUGUGGCCUUUUGGUAAAACACAGUUUCAGCUGCGUGUGGAGCUGAUAUGACUUGGCUGGCUGAUUGUAUGUUCUUCCCGUGUUAACGUGGCUUUUCUCCAGCUUCGUCCCACAGUCUGAAGACAUGUUUGGUUGAGACUCUGAAUUGACAGACAGAAGGACGGACUGAUGACAUCUUGACAGGACCGUGAACACCUCAGUAGAAUCGAUGGUCACCAGCUUGGAUGAGGAACCGUCUCUUUUCUACCUCUGUCUGAAAUCAUCAUCCACUGAUUCCAAGAUGAUUUAACGUUUAACAGUGAAUAUUAUUUCCGUUUAAGGAAAAAACAAUCGUAGACCUUGAAAACCAGUAGAAUGGUCCUUUAGCGAUAAAGCUUGAUUUAAAUAUGAAUGCUCGAACCUUUAAUACACGAUGACAGAUUAUUAGUGGGUGAAGAUCUCACUACUCACCGUGUGUGUGUGUGUGUGUGUGUUGAAUACAUUUAACACACACACUUGUGCUCGUAGUGACACAGAUGUCGGCUCUUUCAUUUCAGUCACUCAAAUGUGAGCAUCUGUUGUGUGGGACAUGUUUCUCCAUCUUGCAUCUCGGGCCUGAGUCACAGGAGCAGGAGAUGAAUCCUGUAACUUUCAUGUGAUCAUCUCUCAGGAAGAUUCACCUCUUGUGUCCCGUCUGUCAGCUCCUCACUAAACUCACUCACCCUGAUGAAUCACUAAAAUAUAUGAAAAUGA